AUGAAGGAAAAGUUGAAUUCAAAGCUUAAUGAUACGAUGACAAAGUUCCCUGAAAAGGAAAGUUUUAGAAUUUUCAAAGAAAAGAUGAAAAAUAUGAUUGUUGAAGAAAAAACUGAAAGCACAACACUUUUUAAUUUUCCAAUUAAUGAAAUUGGAGUUGAAGGAAUCAAUUUGACACAAAUAAUGGGUCAAAAAACAAAUGAUCAAACAGAAAAUGAAGAUAAAGAGGGAAAUGGUGAAGAAGACAGUGAUAAUGGUGCAAGUCAACCAGAAGUAGAUUAUUUGCUUGAUUCAAAUGAAGCAGAUAAUGAAGAAAUAAAGAAUGAUGCAGAUAAGAAUCAAAGAGAAGGUGAAAUUAGAGUAAAAGAGAAAGAUGCAAAGAGGAAUGAAAAUCAGAAUGAUGAAGAAGAAAAAAAUGAUCAUGCUGAGGAAACAAAUAAUCAUGAAGAGACUAUUCAACAAAUUGAAAAUCAAAAUUUGUUGGAUAAAGUUGUUGACAACAUUGUGGACAAUGUCCUUGGAAUUGGAGUUUCAAGUUUAAAUAGUCAAGAAGAUGAAAUCUGGAAUCACCCUGAAAUGAAAACUAUUUUCGAUAAUAUUGAUAUAGGGUCACCAAUGAGUACAGGUAAAACUAAUACUCUUGCAGAAAAGGAAAAAUCAGAAGGCAAGGAAAACUCUGAGGAUAGAAAUGAAGGAGGAACAGAAGCUAAGAACAUGAAAGAUGGAGGUGAAGAAAAACAAACAGAAAUUGAAGAAAGAAAUGCAGAAGAUAGAGGAAAGAAAAAGUCAGAGAAUCAAAACAAGAAAGGAGAAAAAGGAGAAAAAGCUGACAAGACAAAAGGAAAUAAAGGAGCACUUACAAAGAAACAAAUCAAUGACGACCAUCAGAAGGUUGUUAUCAGAUUAGCAAAGAAAAAUGUUCUUAAUCCAAAUCCAAUCUCUGUAUCAAUUCCUACUGAAGUAGGACCAUCAAAUCAUGAUAUGGAUCAACCAAGAGAUAAGAAGCUUGCUGAUGCUUUCAAAUCACCUUUCAAAUGCAGAAUAACAGACGCAAAACCCAAACUGACACAUCAGGAGAGUAUUGUUUGUGAAUGGUUGUUCAACUUACAAGGCAAUACAUCAACUGGAAAGGGAUUUGGAAAUUCACCAUACAAACUCUUCUUGAAAGUUGGAGUUUCUACUGCUUAUCUAACUUCAACAUUGUCUGAUGAAAGAAAGUAUGAAAAAUUCAAGGAGAACUUUCAUGACAGUACCAAUGGGUACACAAAAAUCUUGAACAUAAAAGAUAUUGACAUGGUAUUCUUUCCAGUUGUUAGAAGUGCUCACAUUUUUGUGAUUGUCUUCAACUUAAAGAAACUGUCAAUUGAAAUUCUAGACAAUAGUGCAGUUGAGGGGGAUUAUGAAGGGAAAUACGGAGUAAUAAUGAAACCUUUGGCUAAGGUGUUGGAUCUUGCUGAAAAAUAUCAAAAAGUUGAAUUCAAAGUGCGUACUGAUCAUGCAUACAAGGCUAUGCAAACAAUUCAAAAAAGGUUAAAAGAAUUAAUGAUUGCUUGUGAAGAUGAAAGAAUGUUGAAGUGUGAUGCUAUAGAACAGUUUGUGUUGAAGAUGAAUGGAUUUGAAGUACAUGUAAGAUGA